AUCGACCAUGAAAGUUGGAUAAUGAACCUUAAUGAAGCUAAUAUGAAUGACCGUCCAGUAUGGUACAAACUAUAUAGUGCUCGACAAGCUUACCAGAUGCCAUCAACUUUACCCAAUGAUUGGGACAACUUGAUAGAUAGAAUGAUGAUAGAACCUCAGAUAUUUGAGAUUUAUUACAAACAUUAUCACAAAGAUUCACCUGUCAGACCACCAUAUAAUGAAGAUAGCAAAAAAAGAUUGUUAUGUGAUCUUCGAAGUGGUAAAAGUCAUGAUCGUAAAAUUUUUUGUGAUGCUUUAGAAUCAAAAAUAAAUGGUCUCACUAAAAAAGGUUGGCGCUCUUGGAUAUAUAAUGGUCUUGCAUUUUCAGUUUCUAUGGUGAUGGCCCUCCCAAGAAUAGCUUACAAUCUUCCUAAAUUUGUAUUAGGUUUUGGAUAGAGAUGCAUAAAUGAAACUCAACUAGUUCAAGUGACAAAAAAAUUUAUGAGAUUCUGCUACAGUUAUGCUGCACUACUAUUUUUCGUAGUUAACACAGCCAUUUUGGACUAAAAUAUAAAUUAUUAAAUAUUUUUUGUAUGC